AUGGCAAAUCAGUUGGCGGAGUCAGUGGUUGAGAUGGGUGACCAGGUCUGUCUGGACGAUAUAUUGAUAGAGAUAUUCACCCAGACAGACCCGAAGACGGUAGCAAAAUGCAGAACCACAAGCACAACUUGGCGUGUCCGACUGUCUUCCGACGAAUUUAGGAGGGACAACACGAUCGCAAACAGCGGGAAACACCACAAGCUGUUGCUCCUGAUUGGUGACCAAGAGACGUAUUGUUCAAGAGUAUCUUUCUGUCUUGUGGACUGUCUAGACGGAGGAAGAGUACCCGCGCCAAUGCUAAAACAGCUGGGUCCUCGCGGAUGGUGGAGUGUCAUCGGCUCAGAUUGUGGUAUGAUCUGUGUCCGGUAUAGCCGGGCUGGUUUUGAUAAGGGACUGAUGGUAUGGAACCCACUGCUGCGAGUCGCUCGACAACUGGACGAUCCGGCAGACACUCUAUGGAAACAAGCCGUUAUCGGAUACGCAUUUGGAUAUCGGGCGGGAACUGAAAAUUACUACGUCGUCCAUAUUUCAAAGAGGUAUCUCAAAAACAGGUUCUUGCACUGCAAUGUUUUCAAUUCCGCAGAUGGAUUAUGA